AGCGGGUGCGAAAGGGCAGAUGAGCAUCCCGUGGCCCGUGAACCGGCUGAGCUACGAAGCCAUCUCGGACGACGACCAUGCCUUCGUCGAGCGCACCUUCGCCGGCCGCUGCGACGUGCCGCUGGUCGCCAAAUGGGUCCAGCAGUUCAAGCCGAAAGCGUCGUUCCAGAAGCGCCUGCUCGUCGUCUCCAAGUACCGCGUCUUGACGCUCAAACCUCAGAACAUCGGCGCCAAGCUCAAGGUCGCCAAGGACUGGGCGCUCCUCGACCUGCUCAAGCUGCAGAUUGACGCCUCAGAGAGCGCGCACACCCUCAAGCUCAUCUUCAAGGCCGGGCGCAUCCUGCAGCUGGACCCGGGCGUGCACUGCGAAGAUGUGGCGCGGACGCUUCAGCGCUGCCUGCAUACAAUGGCGCUCGCGUACCCGCCAACGUCCAAGCCCAAGGUGGUGCUGCCGCUUGGUCUCGCCUGGGACGAGUUUACCCACGACGCGCCAAAGCUCACGGACGCAUACAUAUCCUUUUCAUCUCCGUAUUGCGACUGGUACAAGGCGCCCUUCCGCGACUGGGUCGCCGCCAAGCUGGAAGAAAGCAAUGUUGCGACGCCACCCGUGCUCGACUACGAAGCGUGCCUCUUGGCUGGCGGCGGUGAGAUGGAGACAGCCGAGAAAGCACUUGAUGCGAUGGCUGUUGUGAGCACGUGCCGCUUCGCCCCGUCGUUUCAGGGGCAAGUAGCUCCACUGUACGCUUCGAGGCUCAUGCUCGGUAGCCUCCUCGUGCACGACGUGGCCCUUGACGACGACGGCGUGUCACGCGCCUUUGAAACCAUUGGCUACAACCCCAACCUCCGCGAACUGCGGCUGACCAAAGUCCGUCUCUCGCGAUCGGCGCUGAGUGCGCUCGAGGAGGUAGUGCAGUGCAAGCUCAAGGACCCGAGCUCGUGGCGACUCGAGACGAUCGAUCUCUCCGAGAACAAACUGGCGCGGGAAAUGGUCGUCGCGCUCGCGUCGUGCCUCAAGCAGUUUCCGUCGGGGUUGCACAGCUUGUUUUUGGCCAAGUGCGGCAUGACCCACGUGCUGCCGCUCGUGACGACUCUCAACCUCCCGAGCUGGACGGCGACGCUGCGAGUGCUCGAUCUCUCGUUCAACCCGCUCGACCUGCAGAGCUCGACAGCGCUCACCGAGUGGCUCGGCAGAGCUUCCUCCCUCACGCGGCUGGCAGUAGCCGGCACGGGCAUCGAUACGGCAAAGCUGCUGCGAUCGAUCCAACUCAACACGGUGCUGCACACGUCGUCGCUCGUUGCGCUCGACCUCUCGCACUUGACUCUCAAAGAUGAAGCUGUCGCCGACCUGGGCGCGAUCCUCGGCGCAACGCAGAGCCUCGCGAGCCUUGUGCUCCGGAACUUGAGCGUGCCCAAGCGUGGGUUGGAGACCAUCUUGACGCCGUGGUUCGCCAACCCGAGGUUCACGUCGCAACAAAUGAGUCUCGACAUGAGCGAAAACGACUUCAGUGCCAAGGGCAAGGUGCUCGCCGACCUACUGGCGACGUCGCCACUCGUCUUGCGCGAGAGUCUCCGGUUGAACCAGUGCGGGCUCCGAGACGAGGCGCUCGCCAUGGUCGUUGCCGCCUUGAGCUCGUGCCGCCAUCUCCGCGCGCUGCACCUUGAAAACAAUGGCGGGACGCCGCUGGCGUCCAUGCUUGGCGCGUUCUUCUCGGGUCCGCUCGAGAUGCGCCCAGGCGACGCCUUUGCGACGCUCCUCACGUCGUCGCGCGAGCUGCAAGAACUCUACAUGAGCAGCAACAUCCCCUCUCUGCGCUACCCCCUCUCGGUGCUGCGCCCGAUUGUGCACUCGAUUGGAUCGUCGGCGUCGAGCCUCGAGGUGCUCGACCUCUCUGGCAACCGCGGUGGCGACGAAGUCGCUUUGUGCCUCGCGUCUGCGCUGCCCAAAACCACCAAGCUCCGCGCGCUCUUCUGGGACGGCAACUACACGAGCGUGCUUGGGUUCGAGCGCUUCCACGAAGGACUCAUGCGCAAUGCGUCCGUGACGGUGAUGCCCGUUCCGAUCCAGGACACGCGCCGCCUCCUCGACCUCAAGGAGCCGCGCCGCGAAGCUUUGUUUGCCGUCCUCGGCGCGCUCUACGGGUGCAUCCAGCGCAACAUGGCGGCCUCGACCACGCGCGUCAUGGCCUCGGUCAUCGUGCGCGAGGAUCUCUUGCGUGCGAGCUAUGAAGAGGGCGCUCUGUGGCGCAGCACCUUGUUGCGGAACUCGCCGAUCGACGUGCGCCAGAGCUGGUCGAGCGCGCUGCAGUCGAUACCAAUGGUGUAGUGGUGAAAACUACUAAAAACUGCGUAUUACAAGUGGA